CUCAGUUCCAAAUUCCAACUGCCACCGUAUCGUCUGUGGAGGGAAAAGAAAAAAGAGAAGAGAAACACCGCCACAGAUCGACGGCAGUCGCUAAUUCCGGCGAGAUUCAUGGCGGCGACUCUAUCCACUUCGCUAAUUUCCAAUACUGUUCUACCACUAAAGAAUUCCAGCCAAAGUUCGCCGCGUGUUUUCUCCAAUUCUUCUCAUCCGAAUCUUCGCUUUCAUUCCAGUUUUUCGUACAGCAGCAAUACUGUUAAAUUCUCACCUCAGCGAACUGACGUCGUUGUCUCGGCCAUAUCUGGUUCUCCCGGAAUUGAAUCGUAUGUCGAAAGCGGGAAUGCUAGGGAUUUACUGGACUCGGUGAAGGUGUUUGAUUUGAACGGAAAUGGGAUUCCGAUUUCCGAUCUGUGGAAAGACAGGAAAGCUGUUGUUGCAUUUGCGCGUCAUUUUGGGUGUGUCUUUUGCCGAAAACGUGCCGACUAUCUUGCCUCGAAGAAGGAUAUAUUGGAUGCAUCUGGUGUGGCUCUCGUGCUGAUUGGACCCGGUAGCAUCGAUCAGGCAAAAGCAUUCAGUGAGCAGACAAAAUUUCAGGGAGAAGUUUAUGCUGAUCCUGCUCAUUCAUCAUAUGAGGCUCUACAAUUUGUCUCUGGAGUUACGACCACAUUUACUCCCAAAGCGGGUCUCAAGAUAAUUCAACUAUACAUGGAAGGCUAUCGGCAAGAUUGGAAUCUGUCUUUUCAAAAGGACACUGUGAGAAGAGGGGGCUGGCAGCAAGGUGGCAUUAUAGUUGCAGGUCCUGGUAAAAACAACAUCUCUUACAUUCACAAGGACAAAGAAGCAGGGGAUGAUCCAGACAUUCAAGAGAUUCUUAAAGCUUGUUGCUCAUGAAGUUGCCCUGAUCCAGUGCCACCCAUGGCUGCUUGCAAGAAGGUAGUGAUUAUGGAACAAAAAAACCCCGAAAGUAUAUAGCCCACUUGAAAAUCAACACUGAUAUGAAGGUUGAAGGAAAGUAAAGACUAAAGAGUAUAGUUUAUGUUAAGGCAACGGUUAGUUUUAUACUCUGAACAGUUGGGACAGUCCCCCUUGUAGAUUUUGAUGAUAAAAAUAUAGAAUCGGGUAAAUAAUUUCAUUCUGUAAAUUCAUACCGGGCCAGAAUGUUUUGAAUAAUUAUUGAAUCAUUGUGUAAUUUUUUUCCGUUUAGGUAAGGAAAAAUGCGGAUAUUUCUAGGAUA